CAGAAGCUGCUCUCGGACCUGAUCCACAACCUGAGCGAGAACGCGCUGGCCGAGCAGAGGGAGGAGGACGGGAGCUGGUUCGAAGGUCUGGAGUCCCGUUUUAAGAGCAAAUCAAGCUACAUGCGAUACAGUUGUGAAAGCAGAAUACGAAGCUACAUGAAAGAGGUUAGCAGUUUUACUUCAAAUGUUCAUCCUACCGCAAGAGAUGCAUAUAAAAGGAUAAUUGAGCUGAUGUCAGAUAAACUAAAGUCUGUGAAAUACAACGGGUGCUACUUUGACAGGAGAGAGGAGGCGGCAGCCCGCCUGUGCACGGCGGAGGGGUGGUUCUCCUGCCAGGGGCCCUUCGACAGCCCCGACUGCCCCUGUAGGCAUUCCAUCAACCCCUACGGAAACCGGGAGAGCAGGAUCCUCUUCAGCACCUGGAACCUGGAUCACGUAAUAGAGAAGAAACGUGCUGUUGUUCCAGAGCUGGCAGAGGCUGUCAAAACACGAGAUGGAAGAGAAGUGAACUGGGAAUACUUUUAUCAGCUGCUGUUUACUGUGGAUAAUUUAAAACUUGUACACAUUGCUUGCCAUAAGAAGACCAAUCACAAUCUCAGCUGUGACAAAACUAAAAUCUAUAAGAAAAGGAAGCAAAACCACGAGAUUUCAUAG